GACGUGGCGAAAACAAUCCCUGGUGGCAGCUGGAUAUGGGCAAGAAGGAGCGAAUCGUGAAGGUCCGCAUCCUAUCAGAGCCAGACAGUUGCCAGCUGUCAAAGUAUGUCAACAUGACCUGCACCUUGAAAGGAGCCAUCGUGGGCGUGAGCUCCAGACCAUGCAUAGGAGAUCGAUGCUCUGGUACUCAGUGCGGGUCUCUUGACGAGCCGGGAUCAGAUGGCUACCACGAGAUCUCCUGCGGCAUUGCUCCGGACUACCCGGAGGGCCAAUAUGUCUAUGUCCAGCUCGAGGGCAACCGGAAUUUGCAUUUCUGGGAGCUUAUCGCCUACAAGGUCGCCAUGGCUGUCCCCGCCAAGGGCACGCCGAGCACGAGUUCCGUCUACGAGGGCGCCAUUGCCGACUACUGCUCCGAUGAUGACGAGACCACGCGCUGCAGCACCGCUUGGAAUGAAGGUCGUGGCGAGCCGGACCCCUGGUACCAAGUCGACCUGCACACGCCCGAGUCCAUUGAGAAGAUCCAGUUCUUCGCCAAGCCGGAUGGUUCCACGUCCACAUCUUCGUUCCAGAACUUCGUCUCCACCUUCGCAGACGGCGUCUGUGACGGCUACAUCUGUGGCAACCUCACGGAGCGAUUCUACAAGGAUGACUGGCAGCUGGGUGGCCUUUGCAUGGGCUUUUGUCCGGUUCGAGAUUUCCUGCGGCGGAAUGGCUGGCCGGUACGUGUUCGUCCAGCUGCCCGGCAAGCGCGUCCUCAAUUUCUUUGA